CUGACCUGGUCCUGAAUGCUCCCCUGGUCCAGCAGUCCGUGUACAUUGAGGACCGCCCGCUCCACAUGUUGUACUGCGCAGCGGAGGAGAACUGUCUGUCUAAGUCUGCUGCUAGUGCUAACUGGCCCUACGGACACCGCCGCCUGCUACGGUUCUCCUCUCAGAUCCACAACAUCGGACGGGCCGACUUCAGGCCCAAGGCCGGACGCCACUCCUGGGUCUGGCACGCCUGUCACGGCCACUACCACAGCAUGGAUAUCUUCACCCACUAUGACCUGCUGUCGUCCAACGGAACCAAGGUGGCUGAGGGACACAAGGCCUCUUUCUGUCUGGAGGACACUGAGUGUCACGAAGGUAUCUCUAAGAGGUAUGAGUGUGCUAACUUCGGAGAGCAGGGCAUCACCGUGGGGUGUUGGGACCUGUAUCGCCAUGACAUCGACUGCCAGUGGAUCGACAUCACCGAUAUCAAACCAGGAAACUACAUCUUACAGAUUGUGAUCAAUCCAAACUUUGAAGUGGCAGAGAGUGACUUCACCAACAAUGCCAUGAAAUGCAAUUGCAAAUACGACGGACACCGGAUCUGGCUUCACAAUUGCCAUAUGGGUGAGAAGCUCUACCUCUAA